AUGACAAGGCCAAAACGUGAGGGAGGAAGAAAGAAAGGGAGGCCACAAAGUCUUGCUGGUCAGGUGGAUACUCCGCUUUCCCGGCAAAUAUACAAAUACAGGGUUUGUGACACUGAGAAAAGGUCAGACAAACUUCGUAAUCAUUAUAGAAAAAAAGGUUAAGUUUGAUGAAAUUGGCAAACCUAUUGAUGAAAAUUCAGAAGAUACGAGAUAAAUUUCCGCCCAUGAAACGACCUGUCUCCGCUCCUCUGGUCCUUGGGAUUCGUGCAGACAGCAGGUAAAGAUAAGCAAAGUCCAAUCGUCAAGUGAUAAUGAUAAAGAUGGUGAUGCUGAUCUUGACGAAAGUGGUCGACAGGGACAGUUUGAAACAGAUACUGCAUCAACCUUUGUUGAUAAUUCAAGUGAAAUGACUGAAACCUUUGAUAAAGCAGCUGGAUCUCCUGACCAUACAGUUCAAUCUGAAUUAAGUAACUACAGUCAGUGAUAACAGUGGUACUGGUAGCGAUGCAGCUCAUGCAGGUAAAAGGGUUAGUGUUAAUGUACAGUUUCACGAUGAAGCAGGAGGUGCUUUCCCUCGUCUUGUAGAGGAGGAGGAUCUAGGUAGUUCACAGGAUUUGCAAGAUGAGUUACAUGCAGCCAUGGGACUGAUUGGAGAGUCUGGAGAGAACUCAGAGAAGCUUACAUGCCAGCCAGAACAUCACACUACAAGUACGAAGUCUCAGUUAAACAUUGAAAAGCUAUCAGAGGAGAUCUUUGAGAGAUUUUCUGCAAAGUUUCAGGACUCUUCGCCCAGGAUAUUACAAGGGAGGUUGUUAAACUACUUGAUACUUCAAAUGAACAGGAAUGUCAGUACAAGAAGGUAA